AUGAGCACCAUCAUACACAUUUCCAAUGAAAAUGAUAUUGCAAAUGCAAAUGCAAAUGCAAAUGCAAAUGCAAAUGAAAAUUCUUCCAACUACAAGAAACUAUCUUUUGUUUAUAGUUUUGCAUCUCUUAUGGAAAAACAGUGUGGGCAAGAUACGAAAAAGAUCAUUCAUAGCGUCAAGGUGGGAAUUGCUUUAGUUUUGGUUUCACUUCUCUAUCUCCUCGAUCCACUUUUCGAGCAAGUUGGCGAAAAUGCCAUGUGGGCUAUCAUGACUGUUGUGGUUGUCUUCGAGUUCUUCGCAGGUGCCUUGUUAAGCAAAGGGUUACUCCGCGGACUUGGAACUAUACUUGGAGGUGGAUUAGGGUGUGUAGCAGCAGUUUUAGCAGAUGACUUAGGAAAGAUUGGAAAUGCUGCAGUGGUUGGUUCUUCAGUUUUUAUUUUUGGUGCCGCAGCUACAUACUGUCGAUUGAUUCCAAGCAUAAAAAGUAAAUAUGAUUAUGGGUUCAUGAUAUUCAUUCUAACUUUUAAUCUGGUAGCCGUAUCUGGUUUACGUGCUGAUAAAGUUAUUGAGUUAGCCCGUGAGCGGCUCUCAACGAUUGGCAUGGGUUUUGCGGUAUGCAUAUUCACUAGUUUACUCAUUUUUCCAAUGUGGGCUAGCGAUGAACUUCAUCGUUUGACAUCCUCCAAGUUCGACAAAAUAGCAUGCAGCGUUGAAGACUACAUGAAAGCAUACUUUAAUGUGGUUGGUGAAGAAGAAAGCAUGCCAAAAAUUAAAGUAAGGGAUUGUAAGGCAGUACUGCACUCCAAAUCAAGUGAUGAAUCAUUGGCAAAUUUUGCAAGGUGGGAACCAUGGCAUGGAAGAUUUGGAUUCUAUUAUCCUUGGGAUAAAUAUUUAAAAUUAGGAGAACUCUUAAGGGAACUUGCUUCUAUCAUUCUGUCAUUGCAGGAGUGCCUUGGAUCACCAUUACAGCCCUCGGCGCAGUUGAAACUUGCAAUCAACGAGCCAUGCGAAAGUGUGGGAUUGGCACUUGGACUAACCUUACGAGAGCUCGGGAGAAGUAUCAUGAAUAUGAAAAGGUGUCAGGCGACGGUCCAGAUUAUACCAAAGUUGCAGUUGGUUAAACAAGAACUCAUCUUACUUUCAACUUCACCGAAGCUUAAAGGGAUUGCGAAUGUCGAAUCUCUGGCCAUAGCAAACUUUUUGUUUCUAAUGAUGGAGAUUGUUGACAAAGUGGAAGUAGUUGCAAAAGAAGUUGAAGCACUUGGAGAAGUUGCUGGUUUUCAAUUAUCCAAAUAGCCUAAGCUUCUGUAUAUACCUUAUAACACAUUAUAUUUAUAUUCACAUGCAUUUUGGAUGAUGUGAGUGCUAGAUUAUAUACUUGU